CAGUGAUAAAAAAUGCUUUGAAACCAUUUGCAAGCAAAAUUACAACAUCAAAUCAAAUCAACUAUAAACUAUGGUGAAAAGUGUUCUCUAAUGUUAUAGAUGAAAUGAACAAAGCUCCUGUUUAUAUGCCGUUGGCAUUACUGCUCUAAUGUGACCGUAAAAUUAACGUUUUAGUUUAUUCUAAGUUUAAAUUACGACCCCGUCCGGUGGUUUACUCCACAAUAUUUUACGUCGUGAUCUUCCAAAACAAACGCGGCGGGAUGGAUGAAUGGACGUCGCCGCCGCGGCCUGUUAUUGGACAGUUCUGGGGGCGGGACUUCGAUGAAGAUUCACCACUCACAGGACAGCCGGAGUGCAUUGUGGGGAUGCUAACAGGAUGAAGGUGGCUAAUAAACCUUUAACGCAAAGGUAACAGAUAUCUAACAAUCCUGAAGCAAUCCUGAAAUGAAGCAUAGUGUAAAGUACAGAUAGCAGUAUAUAAUGGAUUCCUCUGUAGCACAAUGUUCAGCCCACUGUGAAAAUGACAAUGAAACCCUUCCAAGCUCUUCAACUGCAUCAAAUCAGGCCACUAACAUUCCAAAGUCAAACACUGCACCUUUGAAGAGGAAAUCGGCAGAUUCGAAAAAUGUCAAGACAAAGAAAAAGAAGAAGGCCCGAGUCUCCAGAUCUGCUCAGUUGGGCUACACCGUCCAACAGGGUGAAGAUAUGCUUCUGGUCAUAUCAAAUGCUUCGUCUCUGUACGAUGGUGCUUCAGUUUGGAUGACCAAACGAAAGGGAAGCAAGAAAAAAAAGUUUUCCAAAGGGAAAUCAAAAACUCAACAGGUUAGGAGAAAAAACACAGCCAGGGCCAAACCUACACCAGAUGCCAAUCCAGUAGCUGCCAAGACUGAAGAGGACACUACUGCUGUGUUGGAGAAACCAGCAGACCACACAUGGGGUCAAAGUCUACCAGAGGAGGUGCUAAUUAAUAUUUUUCAAAUGGUUGUCACCCAGGAUGGUGCUGUGCCAUUUUUAUGCAGAAUGGCCAGAGUUUGUCAACUGUGGAACAUCGCAGCUGCAAGUCCCAUCCUGUGGCGUAAAGUAACUGUAGGUCACUGCUGGAUUGCUCCAGGAAAAAAACAACUUCCAAAAACAGAGAUGAAAAUUCAGAAAACUUUUGACUGGCUGACGCAAAACAGGUUUUCACAGCUGCAAGAUUUCUCACUGCAUCACUGGUCAAAGAAUGUUAAUUAUGCGGUUGAAGUUGUCUCUCAGUCCUGCCCUCAUCUUCGCUCUCUCACACUCUCUAACUGCUCAGGCAUCAAAGCAAGUGCCUUCCAAAUACUUGGUCUCAACAGUAGAUCCUUGCAGAGCAUCAACGUCCAGUUUUCAGAUUUUCAGGUGGAGGGUCUUGUGGCGUUCCUUGAAAACCAUGGAAACCAGAUGAAGCAGAUCUGGUUCACUAAUGGUCUGAAGAAUGACAGACUUUUGGCUUCUUUAACAAGAGGCUGUUGUCCCGAUUUGGAGUUCUUGGAAGUCAACAAAAAGCUGGACAGUAAAGACUGUGUACUUACCAUUUGCAUUCAGGCACUGCAGGCUGCCUGCCCUAAACUUAAAACUUUCCGAUUGCUGAAUGUCCGACCUAUACAGAAGACGAAGCAUAAAAAUGCAGAUUUGAUGAAAGGCUUCCCUCUGUUGGAGGAACUGUGUAUCGCAACCACAUCUUAUUCCUACAUGACCGACAAUGAUCUGUUGGACAUUCUCUUCAGUUCCACAAAGUUGCGUGUGCUUGACUUGCGAGGCUGUUCACGAAUAACACCCUCUGGCCUUGCAAAUUUACCCUGUCUUGAGCUUGAGUUCCUGUUCUGGGGACAAUAUUUUAACAGCCACAUUGGCUUGUCAACACCUAAGAAGGGACUUCAUAUGGUGACCCAAAAAUGGAAGCAGACAUUGCAACAGCUGGAUAUUGGAAACCAGCUCUUUUCUGAGGAGGAUUUGGAGAUGGCAAUGAGUUACCUGACUCAAGCCACAGAGUCGGACACUCUCCGCUCACUCAAUCUGCAGGGCACGAGGAUUACUGCACCGGCCCUCAGGUCAGUCAUCCAUCAUAUGACUGCUCUUAGCUACCUCAACCUUUCGUCCUGUCGACACCUACCAAGGGGGGUUAAGAGAAUAUACUGUGGCCAAGAAGACAUUCGCCAGCUGCUGGGCAAACUGGAGUAGUUCCUUUAUUGAACAUCUAAAAUUAUUCCUCUUUCUGGAUUUCUGUACAUGGUAUAUAUAAUGUUGUCAAUUUUUUUUUUUACUUGACUUUUUUUAAUGUGGUUUGUAUAUUGUUUGAACCUGAGAUGAUGCAAAAACUCAAAAUUCUUUUUUUUUUUUUUAUUAAAAACAAGUUCUGUGUGCAUCACAUUUAGGUUUAUUAAUUAAUUAGUACAUACGAGUACCAUUUAUUAAGCAUGUGUGUUUCAUGGAGAGUUUCAGAAUUUGAAAAUCUUAUAAUCAUUGAAAAUAAAACAAAAGUAACUAACAAUUUACUAUUAUUAAGGGCCAAAACACAUGAAGGUAAGACAUUUUAUGGAAAACAACAACAAAGCCUUAAUCUAAGGAAAAUAUUAAUAUAGGUUUCUAACAAUACAAAUGAUUGAACAACUGACUCUAAUUCUAAUAAACUUAGUGGAAACAAAGAAGAGAUUAACUGUAGAAAAUAUGCUAAAUUGAGAAAAAAUGGUAAUAAUAAAAAAUAGUAAUAAAAAAUAGU